AAGCAGCAGCAGCAACAACUGAAGCAGCAGAUACAACAGCAGCAACUGAAGCAGCAGCAGCAGAUGGCCCAGGUACCUAACCUGCCGAUUGGGUUGCAGCAGAUGCAGAAUCAGCCAGCUGUGCAUAUGGGACAAGCUUUGCAGUCUCAAGUUUUUUCGGCUGCAAAGCCAGUUCCACAGCCGUCCCUCAUGCCAGGUCUCACGAUGCCCGUUCCUCCGGGUCUCUCUCCCCUAAUGCAGAACCUCAUGAAUUUCAUUCAUAUACCGCAGCCCGCUUCCACCAAGCAGCUUCCAGCAAAGGUAGAAGUGACAGGGAAUAUCCCAGUGCUGGCCCAGAUGCAAGACUACACUGCCGCUUCACCUAGGGUCUUUCCUCAUACCUGCUCUCUAUGUAACAAGGAAUGUACUCUGAUGAAGGAUUGGGUCUCCCACCAGAAUACCAGCCUUCACAUCGAGAACUGCAAACUUCUGCGAAAGCGAUACCCAGAAUGGAACGGUGAAAUUGCAUCACUGCCAGGUGCAUCAGGUGCCAAGCCCUCUCCCUCAACUUCUGCUGAGACUUCCCAGAAGAAAACCAGACAUGAGAGUCGUUCCCGUUCCUGCAGCCCCCGGAGCCAUCGUGACUCGGAGCGUAGCAGGGACAGGCAAAGUAGCCGUUCCCGCUCUCGCAGCCCCCGCACUCAUCGUGACUCGUUGCGAAGAAGAAAUAGACGAAGUAGCCGUUCCCGCUCCCGCAGCCAUAAUGACUCGGAGCGUAGCAGGGACAGACGAAGUAGCCGUUCCCGCUCCGGCAGUCCACGUCGCCGCCGUGACUUGGAGCGUAGGAGGGACAGACGAAUUAGUCAUUCCCGUUCUCGAUCACGUAGCCCCCGAAGGCAGAGACACAGAAGCCGAUCACGAUCUCCCUACAGCUCCAGACGUAAUCGCAGGUCCCGGUCUCAUUCUGACUCCUCAUGGUAUGACCGUCCUUCCUCUUCACGAUAUCGAUCACGCUCAAGGGGACGCGAGAGACGAUCCUCGCCGAGAAGAAGAGAUGAGAAACGUUCAUCACCAAGGAGAAGCUGGGAGAGGCGAUCGUCGACAGAGAGGUCAUCUCCUAUGCGAAAGUUGAGCAGCUCGAAGAUCUUGGCAAAGAAACUGCUGGAAACAUCAGCUCUCCAGUCCUUAUCAAAACAGUCUGACCUGGAGACUGUCGUCAAAACUUUGGCUCCUGCCCUGCUGGCUGAGCUAGCCAAGAUGAAGUCGUCCCCAUCAACAUCAUCGUCCUCACGUUCUGCAUCUCCAGAAUCAGUUAAAGGGAGGCCUAGCACAGAGAAGACCAAGGCUGCUAAAUCUUCCCCUCCAACCAUGGUGAGGCUACAAGGGAUUGUCAGUAGUCUCUCUCACAGUGAAGUGAUUUCUGCUGUGGAGAAAUUUGGAAAAACCAAGUCAGUUGUUUUGUUUAGGUCAAGAUUACAGGCAGUUGUGUGUUUCGAGAAACAGGAAGAUGCUGAGAAACUGAAGAGCUUAAAGAACUUUGACAUAAAAGAAGUAACUGUCAGUGUUGUUAAUGAAAAGGAAAUUGCAUCCAAGAAAACCACAAAAACUAAACUGGAAACUACAGCAAAAGUCUCUGUUUCCAAAGCGAAAAACAUCUCAGCUGAGCAAAAAGCUAAAACUGUAAAAACUGGUGAUAAGGCUGAAGAAGCAGCUUCAAGCCUCGAAAAAUCUAAGAGUAAAUCUACGAAGAGUCCCGAAAAGCAGCAUAACACCAGUGAUUUGAAAGGAAAACGUAAACCCAAAGGGUCUCAAACCGGUGCUAAAAAAGCUGUGGUGGCACCUAAAAAUACAGCCAAUGCUAUGAAGGCUGUUGAACCAAUUAAAGGUGCUGCAGUUGAUGGUGAGCCAAAAGUCUUGACUUCCAAAGCAGAAACGGCCUCAACGACGCAGAAAUCUAAAACAGCAGGAACUCUGAAAAAAGAAAAAGUGGAUCCUUCUAAAUCAACAACGUCAGAGGAUAAGCCUGAUGUAGAGACAAAACACAAGAAACCUGAAACAAAGAUUCAUGAAUCUGCGAUGGGGCCUAAAGGUGAAGCUUCUGAAAGGGAGGACCACACAGAAGUUGAAACUUCUACUGACGGCAAAGAUAAUCAGACGUUACCAACUAUAUCAAGUGAGAAUCAACUACCAACUAGUGCAGCUGAGACCAAGCCAAAUAUAUCGUCACCAAAACCCACUGAUCCACCUCAGAAACCACAAACUGUCAUCAAAAGUCCAGAAGAUUCACUCAAAGCUUCAGAACAGACCGAGCAGAGCUCAGAUUCUGCUCUACAAGAAGAAACACAACAGCAGACUGCAGGAAAAUCACCUGAGAUUUCUGUGGAGGCAAAGCAAAGAGUUGAAAGUGUAGAAACGGUUACAAAGGACAAAGUCUCUGUGACUGCAAAGAAGAUCUCAAAGGAUCAGCCGGUCGCUCCUACCCACCCAACAUUUGGGGAACGGAUACAAGAGCAACUGCGUCCAGAAAGAAUCCGUUGUCUCAAGACAGUCAGACUUCCCCAUUCAAAGCUUGUUUCGCUUGAUUACAAGGUGCUGUUAAUAAGCAACCUGCCAGAGUAUCACGAUGGCUGUUAUGCAGAGGAGGACAUCGCCGGUCUGCUCACUCGACACAGAUUUGAAUAUUACGACGAUACGAUCUACGUUAUACCACAGGCGCGCAUGGCUUUUGCCCUCAUGCCGACAGCAGUGGCAGCUAAAAACAUCGUGCUAGCAUCAGAAAAUCAUGAUUUUAUUCUCAAUGGGUCUAAACUUCGACUGCAGGUUGAGAAGGGCGACAUUUUAAUGACGCCGCUUGAGUUUUAUAAGUCUCUGAUGAAACGGCUGUGCUAUCAAGUGACUGACAAUGGAGCACGAACAAUCUACAUCAGGAACAUCUCACCAGGCGAGUCCCGGGAUCUCAGAGAAGCUUUGAAAAAAAUGGAUUUUAUAAGAAACUACCUGCCUCUUCUCAACAAGGUGUUUAUCGAAUUUGAGUCUCUUCGUGAUGCUGAUCGCCUUGGUGUUUGGUACAGCCUUCUAAAACAGGCCACCGGCCACAAAUUGUCAAGGCUGGAAAUACCACACAGUGGAUGUACCUCACUGCCACCAAGAUUGCCACACAAAGCUUUGCCAGACAGCGAUGUUGCUGUUGACGGGGCAGCUGUCCCAACAGAAGAUAUGAUCAUCCCACAACGCAGCACUUCACCAUAUUGGAUCACAAUGACAACUAGUCCCUUUGUGUUCCCCACUGUCGCUCCUUGGUUCACAAUCCCAGAGUAUUUAACUGUCAGGGAACCUGAUGACAUUGAGAAAGCCCAAUCUCAAGGUUCUACGUUCUCCACGAUCAUGUUGACUGGUUUGCCAGAAGGAAACUACAGACAGGAGGAUGUCACCAAGCUGGUGUGGCGUUACUUCCCUGAUCAGACUGUUCAGACUCUGUACUACAACAUAAUCGUUUUAUCACUGCAGAGGAGGGCCUUUGUGUUUUUUAACAGCUGGGAUGCGUGCUGCGAUUUCGCCAGAGAUUACCUCAAAGAUCCAGUUACAGUUGGAGAGUGGAUGCUCAAAAUCCACGUUGUUUUACAAGACGUGCAUCCUGGUUCAAGUGAGGAGAGCAUGUACAGAAGCAUGAUGAAAUGGAGCAGCACUCAUGUUCCACAGUCUGAGUCUCUGGAGGACCGGCUGCUGAGUGUGGAGGUCUCCGAGGUGAAUGUGGACCUUGUCAUGAUGAUCAUGGAAGUGGUGGCGUCCAUUGCUGCUUUUGUCAGAUUCUUGCCGCUUGCCAACAGGAUAUGCAUUGAGAUGGCUGAACCUGGUGGAUUAACACAGGUGAUGGAGAGCAAUGUCACCAAGGACUAUUUAUCUUCUUGGAGUAAAGUCGGACGUAUUGAGUCUUUGAAGAGUCUGAAACAGCGUCUGCAAGACUCGGGUGAGAACACACUUAACCUCGAACUGGAAACCGAGAAGGCCGCAGAAUCGACCGCUGUCCCGCAGCCAAGUGAGCAAGGCCAGAAAGCAGCAGUGAAGGAAGAGGGGCCACCACAAACUUUGGUCACUACUCCUGAUGCAAACGCCGCCCCCGCCGCUUCUAGCGCUGCUCCUUCAGCAACAAGCCCAGUCAAGUCUGAGGAAAAAGACUCAAAACUUCCUCACAUCAACGAGGACGUUUUCAUGGCCAUUACAGCGGCGCUUCGUGAGCAUAGACAGGGUCGAGAAAGUAGGGCACAGAGCAAGGACAGAGAGAGCAAAAGCAGCAGCCCUAGUAGGGCACAGGAUGAAGACACACCAAACAGAAAGGUUCAAGUUGAUAAUUUAGAGAAGAAAGUUUCUUCAGAGAGCCGCCCUUUUGGUGAGCCGGAUUUCAAUGUAGACGACUUUGUCACUGUUGAUGAAAUUAACGAUGACGCAGCAGACGCAGACCCCAAUGGUGAAAGCUCCUCUUCAACUAAGCCAAAGUCCACAGAGAAUGCGGAAAGUCAAAGCUCAGCUGCAUCUCCUGCUUCCAAACGAACCUCAGCAGGGUCCUCCAAAGACUCCAGCAGCUCAGUCUCUCCCUCAUCCAAGCCCACGGAAUCUUCUGAGAAAAGCAGUUCAACCUCCUCACUACGAAAAAGUAAAGACUCAUUUGACUCCACCAAACCUGAAUCCUCUGUGAGUGUCAGUAAGCCUGUUUCCUUUUCUGGUGAGAAAACGCAGCCAAGCAAACCUCCAGACAAAUUGCCGCAUUCUUCGUCCUCGGGUUAUAGGACCCGUUCAAAAAUGGCAUCAACCACUGCUGCAGAGCUAACAGAGGAGAGUGCAGCAACAAAGUCUGACCUCAAAGUGUCAGCAAAGGAAAAUCAAACUAAAGUGGAAACAUCAUCAGAGACACAGCCACCUGCAGAGGGAGAGGGAUUAGGGAUGAAGAGCCAAACACAGACUCUGGAGACUGAAUGUAAGGACGCACACAAAGAGUCAAAGAAAAGCAAAGGAGAUGGGGAAAAAGACAAUGUGGGGAAAUAUCCACAGGAGGAGGAGGAUGAUGGUGAAAGUUACCAGAUCCUUGAUUCGAUCGAUGAGCCAACAGAUGAACAGAUAGAUGAAGACUCAAACCAAGAGACUAAAACAGAGUCAUCAGGGCCUGAGCAAACCCAGAGUUUGCAUGAGGGGGAAAGUCAGGUCUUGAACAGCAUUGAUGAUAAAGGCUCAGAGGAGUCCAGUAAAACAGAAACGGAUGCUCCUCUCUAUGUGAUAGACAACGUUAGUGAAGACCAAGCCAGUACAGUCCAAGAGGACAGUCAUCUGGUCAAAGAUGAAGUUGCCACAGCAAAGCAGCUGUCUGAGGAAAAGAUUCAAGAACCAGAUGCAGCUGAUAAAAAAGAAGGGUUGGAUCCAAGCAUGAACCAAACUCCAAGGUCCAGUGGAGAUGGAAAAGAAAUGAAUGAGGAGAUGCUCUCAGAAAAAUCAAGCAAAGCUUCCAAAGCAUUUUGCCAAACUCCAAAUAAUGAAGAACAAGAAAACAAAGGCAGUUCAGCAGAUGUUACUAAACAGAAAGCCUCUGAGAAGUUAGAUUCAGUCAAUGAUUACACCAGAGGAGAAGAUGACGAGAAGAAACUUAAUACUUCGAAAGCAGUCACUGAAGGAACUGAAGAAGAGGAAGAAGCUUACCAGGUAAUUGAUUCUGUGGAAGAAGAGCCACCGACCACAGAGACCGAGGCAGAGGCUGAGAACAAGGAGGAAAAAACCAAGAAAGACGUUGAAGUGGCUAAACGAGCUGAAAGACCAACAAGGAGGGGUAGACCGAGAACAAGAACAUCUAAAAGAGAGGAGAAAGAGACACAGGAGGAGAUGAUCUUUGAGGUAGUGGAUUCUGUUGAAGAUGAAUUUGUUCAAGAUGUCUCCACCACAGAGAGGCCUGGUAGAAGGAGGUCGGCCAGAGGAAACAAAGACAAUAAAAAGACGCCAACUUCCACAGUUGCAUGUAUAAAAACCGUCAGGGAAGAGGAAUCUACGUCUGAGAUCCUAGACUCAGUGGAGGGUAAGGCUGCCAUGAACGAACCAACCAUCACAACAAGGUCAACCAGAGGAAGAAGAGAAACUAAAGAAGACGUCUCAAAAAAAGACAAGACACCAACGAGGAGGCGGCCGACACCUGCCAGAGAUUCUCAGGAACCAAACAAGGAGGAACCUCAGCAAGUGAAAGAGAGCACACCAACAAAGAAGAGCGAGGGGAAUGCCACCUUUACAAUAGUAUACCCAGUGCAGGAUGAAGUUAUUAAGGAUGAAUGGGCCAUAACUCCAGAAAAAAGAAAAAGGGGAAGACCAAAGAAGGACACUAAAGUAACUAAAAAACAAGCUGCCAUGAAGAAUGCUGCAUCUAGUAAAGUGGCUGAUGAGGAGGAGGCCAUUUAUCAGAUUGUUGACUCAGUUGAGGAUGAGACGGCUGACAAUGAGCCUUUGAAAGACCAGAAUACAGAAGAGCCAACAGUGCCUAAAGACGAUAAAGACUCAGCAUCACCAAAAAAUGCAGAUGAUGAGGAGGUGGUCGAUAAAGAGGAGUGUUUGGAUCACACUGCUGAGGUUAGUGAUGCUCUAUCUGCUGAAGACGAGUCUGGUACAGCAACGAAGGAAGAGAAGCCAAAAACAGAUACUAAAGAGGCCACUGGGUCCCAAAGUGAGGCUGCUGCACCAGAAGAAAAGACAAAUCUGGAGGAAGACACCCUGGAGCUGGUCACUCUGGAUGAGGUGGGAGCAGAUGAUGCUGGGGAGGAAAAAGCAGUGGAGGGUCAGGACUGGAGCAGGGAGAUCACCAAGGGAGAACCUGCAGAGCUCAUCACUCUGGAUGAGAUUGUUGAAGAAGAAGAAGAGGAGGAGGGGGAAAAGGCAGAGGAAAGCACAGUGGAGCCCCGCCCACCAACACAGGAGAGCCAAUCGGUGGAGGCCGCAGACAUAGAGACUUUUGCGACAGCAGCUGAGGUAGAAGAGGAAGCAGAGAAGACAUCAGGAUCUGCUAAACGCAAACAUGAUGAAACAGAGGAGAGUUUCAAUUUUGUGAUGGUGGACGAGGUGGGAGAGACUGUGGAGAAGGAGGCGGUAAUUACCAGGACAAGAGGUCGACCCAGGAAGAGAACCAGGCAGACCCCGGUGAGAAAAUCUGCUAGAGGGAAACCAGAGAGCACAAAAGAGACGGAAGAGGAGGAAACAACAGAACCACUGCUUCCAGCUUCUGUUAAUCCCACUUUAUCACAGGACCGAGACUCAUCUGCGCCGCCAGGUGACGGCCAGGCGGAGAGCCAGAGGACCGAAGAGGAAGCAGAGACCCAGCCUGAUGCUGCACCUGCCCCUGCUGGACAGCAGCCAGAGUCUACGUGUCCUGAUAAGGAGGCAGAGCAGGGAGAGGAGAAGGAUGGAUGGAGCACGGUUGGCAUUAAAGUUGUGGGUAAACGCAGGAGGGAGCUUGUUGGACCUGAGGCAAAGCGAUCUCGCUCUCAGUCUCCGUGUGUUGUAGCAGACUUCAGACUGCCUCAGUUCAACCCCAAUAGCCCCCUCGGUCAGGAGUUUGUGAUCCCAAAAUCAGGAUUUUUCUGUAACAUCUGCUCUGUUUUCUACCUGAAUGAGAAGACCGCCAAGGAACUCCACUGCUGCAGCCAGAAACACUACAACAACCUGCAGAAAUAUUAUGAGAAACGUCGACAAAGAGCUUCAACAACGUCAUCUCAGAUGUCUCAAGGCUCCGUUUCUGACUGAUGGACCUGAUCUACUGAUUAUU